AUGGUCGAGGCACCAAUUCUUAUGCGAUCAUUAGUCGCAAUAUUUAUUAUGAUGUUUUUUAUUGCUGCAGUAGCCUGGUCGAUAUUGUUGUUUUCUCGCGGAUAUUUUUUCUCAUAUACAAUUGUUGUAUUUGGUGACUCAUUGUCCGAUAAUGGGAAUCAGUUUGCGAGUACAAAUAAUACCAUUCCACCGCCUGAUAUAUAUCCUAAAGGACGAUGGACAAACGACAAAACUUGGGUGGAGUAUGUCGCGGACUCCUUGAAUGUCAAUCUAAGAGAUAUGGCAUUUGGCGGGGCAACAGCCGAUAAUAACAUUGUAAAAAGUGAAAAUAUAAUCGUAAAAAGUGAAAACAGCUCUACUGGAACUCACAAUAAACAGAAAUAUGAACUGUCGUCUGUUAAACAACAACUCGAUUAUUUUCUUCAAAAUGGCACAGAACCAGAUAAAUACCAAACAACUUACAUGAUUUGGAUUGAAAACAUAAUAGACUCUAUACAAGAAUCCUUAACACGUCUUUCGACAUCAGUCGGCGCACGGAAAUUCCUAAUCAACAAUUUGCCACCACUCGAAAUCACACCAUUGAUUCAAAGACACUUUACAACUGAUCAACAAAAACAGCUAAAGGAUCUCGUCAUCUCUCACAAUGCUCAACUUGAAGUGAUGGUGAAAAACUUUUCCUUGACAAGUCAUCGAGUCACAGCUCGCGUUUUUGAUGUAUACAACUUGACCAAUGAAAUCUUAAAUGAUCCUGAUAAAUAUCAUUUUAAGAAUGUAAAAGAUCCUUGUUUGGAUUAUUAUGAUGGGAUUUUUGCGAAUAGUAGCAGUAUUUCGAAUAGUAGCGGUAUUGAUACGUCUACUAAUGUUAAUAACACGAUACAACCAUGUGAAGAAAGAGACUCAUAUUUGUUUUGGGAUAGACUUCAUCCUACUGCAAGAGCUCAUCAUCUUCUUGCCGAUAAAAUUGUUGACUAUUUGAAAUCACCAGAAGUUAAAGUUCAAGUUAAACCUUGGAACAACAAAACGCACUAG